AAUAACAAAUCUAAUCAAUUUUCUAAACAUACGUUUAUCCUAUUAUGACGUCAUUUUUGGACCUAUAUGUUUUCAAAGGGGAUUCAUACAACGCACAUGAUAAUGCACACAAUCCUUUGCUUUCGGCUGUAAUGAAGUGUGAUGCUGCCUUAAUCAAUAAUGGUGUUCUCAUUAAAUGCAAUUUAUUUCAAAAUCUAAAUUUGUAAUUUUUUCGUGUACGGUUUUUUUCGAAAUAACUUGUAAAAAUGAAUUUUUCUUGAAUCAAAUACGCAUUCUUUUCUCUAUUUCUAGGGUUUUCAGACAAUUAACUUAAACACUUUGAUAGAGUUUCUUUAAAAUAUAGUUUGGGGACGUUUAAAAAAAAUACGUGGAUUAUACCACUACUGUCUGUUCCACUGCAAAAAAAACUAAAGUUGUUUGGCAGGAACUUUGGGUUGGGCUUUUCCUCUACGGGGACAUCAUUUGUGGUCACACUAGGGGAAAAUGGAAAUAAGCAACGUUUAUCAGUUCAUUUAAACAUUCUCGUAUUGACUGAUAGAAGGGGCUCUGCGCGCGCGCUACCGAACCUACUCACUGAACUGCGCGCCGUCCACAAGUGCUUCCGAUGAAGGCGUUUAGGUAAUUGUCUUCAAACUCUGUAAGACAGCAUGUCUGAAGAGGCAUUAUCGGAUAGCGACCUGGAGGCCAGCGUCGACAGUGAAGAGGAUUAUUUGGAAAAUAUGGAAGAGGAGGAUGAAGACAUGGGUGAAGAUGAAAAUGAUGGCGAUGAUGAGGAUGAGAGUGUUGAUCGACCCGGAAGUAACCAGAGCCAAACAGAAGAGGCUCAAGAUGAAAAUGAAUCUCCUUCAACCACCUCCGGAGAGCCUUCUUCUCAGCCUGCAUCUGGCUCCUCUUCCAGGGCCCCCUCCAGACCCGCGUCCCGUUCUCAGUCUGCAGAGAACGAGAGGAAACCAGCGAUCAGUAAAGCAAAGAAACAGAAAGCCUCGAAAUUAUCCAAGCCUGCAAAAGGUUCCAAAGCUCCCAAGCUAUCAAAGCCUGCACACAUGAGGAAAAACAUUAGAAAGCUGUUGCAAGAAGACCAGCUGGAGGCUGGGACCAAGGCAGCGCAGCAGGAAGAGAUGGAGCGACGGAAACGACUGGAGCAACAAAGAAAGGAUUUUCCUACCCUGACUCCAGCUGUUCCAGACGCUCAGCUAGCAGUGGAUGCGGCAGCAUUGUUAGGGGACGUGUCUCAUUUGGUCCCUGCCAUACUGGGCCAGCAGGAUGUCAUCUGUUUGGACAGCAGUGGUGAGGAAGAUGUAAAAGAGGAGCCAAAGUUGCCUCCGCUUGCGAUCAUAGACGAUGUAAUUGAGCUCAGCUCAGGAGAUGAAGACACCCUGCAGAUAAGCAGCGAAUCGGCUGAGGAUGACGCUGAUGGCGUCCCCGGCUCGGAAGAGAGCAGCGGCGCACACAUCAACGAUGCGCUCAACCUGCCGGAUGCUCAGGGUCGGGUGCUAGUUAAUAUAAACCACCCUGCAGAAGAGAAAGACAUAUUUCUUGCCCCACAGCUGGCGAGGGCUGUAAAGCCUCACCAGGUUGGUGGAAUCCGGUUUCUCUACGACAACCUCAUCGAGUCUCUAGAGCGCUACAAAACCAGCAGCGGCUUUGGCUGCAUCCUCGCUCACAGCAUGGGGCUGGGCAAGACACUACAGGUCAUUUCUUUCAUUGACAUCCUGCUGAGGAACACUGAAGCCCACACCGUGCUGGCCAUCGUCCCCGUGAACACCCUUCAGAACUGGCUGACAGAAUUCAACCUCUGGCUUCCGCCCUCUGAGGCUCUUCCUCCUGACACAGAUCCUUCCGUGGUCCUAGCUCGCACUUUUAAAGUUCACAUUCUCAACGACGAGCACAAAACGACACUUGCCAGGGCGAAGGUUGUGGAGGAGUGGUCUAGAGACGGAGGCGUGUUGCUGAUGGGGUACGAGAUGUACCGCCUGCUUUCCAUGAAGAAAAGUUUUGUGAUGGGUAAGAAGAGGAAAUCAAAGAAACCUGCUGGCCCUGUCAUCAUUGACCUUGACGAAGAGGACCGACAGCAAGAGCUCAUGAAAGGGAUUGAAAAGGCCAUAGCCCGGCCCGGUCCUGAUGUGGUGAUCUGUGAUGAGGGCCACCGCAUCAAAAACUACCACGCCAGCACAUCGCAGGCCCUGAAGAACAUCCGCUCCCGGCGCAGGGUUGUGUUGACGGGCUAUCCGCUGCAGAACAACCUCAUCGAGUACUGGUGCAUGGUGGACUUUGUCCGGCCCGACUUCUUAGGAACGCGGCAGGAGUUCAGCAACAUGUUUGAGCGGCCCAUUCUCAACGGUCAGUGUGUGGACAGCACACCUCAAGACGUACGCCUGAUGCGCUACCGCAGUCACGUGCUGCACAGCCUGUUAGAGGGCUUUGUUCAGAGACGAGGCCAUGAUGUGCUAAGAGACCAGCUGCCAGCAAAAGAUGAGCAUGUCAUUUUGGUACGGCUGUCCUCUGUCCAGAGGGCGCUGUAUACCGAGUUCAUGAAACGUUUUCGAGAAGCUGGGAAUAGCGGCUGGCUUGGUCUCAACCCACUCAAAGCCUUCUGCGUGUGCUGCAAGAUCUGGAAUCACCCAGACGUCCUCUAUGAGGCCUUACAGAAGGAAAACCAGGCCAAUGAGCAAGACCUGGACCUUGAUGACAUCACUUCAGCCGGUAACGCCCGCUGCCCUGCGCCCAGCACGGGCCUAAAGGCCAAAGUAACAGACUCCAGUAACAGCAAAGUCAACAGUAGCCUUCCACCACUCAACGCCUCCCAGGACAGAACCAACCAGGUCAUUACAUAUGAAUGGGCAAAGGACAUCAUGUCAAACUACAGGAUGGGAGUUCUGGAGAACUCUGCCAAAAUGUUGCUGCUCUUCCAUAUAAUUGAUGAGAGCGUCAGGAAAAGAGACAAACUUUUGGUCUUCAGCCAAAGUUUGUCCACGCUGACGGUCAUUGAGGACUUCUUAUCCAAGAGACCGAUGCCUCAAAACAUCAACUCUUCUGACAGCCAGAACCAGAACUGGGUUCGCAACCUCAACUACUACAGACUGGACGGGAGCACCUCCGCUUCAGAGAGAGAACGCCUUAUAAACCAGUUCAAUGAUCCAGAAAACAACAAAACCUGGGUCUUUCUGCUUUCCACCAGAGCGGGCUGUUUGGGGGUAAAUCUGAUUGGUGCCAAUCGCGUUGUUGUUUUUGAUGCUUCCUGGAACCCCUGUCACGACGCCCAAGCCGUGUGCCGCGUGUACCGCUACGGCCAGGUGAAACGCUGCUACAUUUACCGGCUGGUCUGUGACUUCACCCUGGAGAAGAAGAUCUACGACAGACAGGUGUCCAAACAGGGCAUGUCUGAUCGCGUCGUGGAUGAUUUGAAUCCGGUGCUGAACUUCACCCGGAAGGAGGUGGAGUCUCUGCUGCACUUUGUAGAAGAGGAGCCGGAAACGGAGAAAAUCUCUCUGGAAUCUCAGAAUGAAUAUGAGGAAGUGAUGUUCAAAGCUUGUCAGCUCUAUCCGAAUCUAAUCACCAAGCCUCCUUUCCACCAUGAAUCUCUGCUUGUGGACCGUAAGGAAUCCAAACUCACUAAAGCUGAGAAAAGAGCUGCAAAGAAGAGCUAUGAGGAAGAGAAGCGAGCAUCUGUGCCGUACUCUCGUCCUUCAUACGCUCCCUAUUACCCAACAAGUGAAUACACACUUGCAAGCAUUGCUGCAUUCAAUCAGCGAGGCUGGCACCACCUGUCCAGGCCUGAUGACAAACCGGUGGCGAGCGUCCGGCCCAUCCAGUCGACCCCGAUCCCCAUGAUGCCUCGGCAAGCCGGCCUGGGCGUGGCUGGCUCCAGCUCUGCCGGCAGCCUCCCCGUCAACUUCCUGCAGAAGGCUGGAGUUUAUGUGCAGAGGAUCGUCACCACGACUGAUAUUGUCAUUCCAGGAGCUAACAGUACGACGGACGUUCAGGCUCGCAUCAGUGCGGGGGAGGUCAUCCAUAUUAUCCGAGGAUCCAAAGGUACCUACAUCAGGACAAACGACGGGAGAAUUUUUGCCAUCCGAUCGGGGAAGAUCAGUCGACCUGUCACAACGGGGUCCGGCGCUCCAGGAGAAGCUCAGUUGGUCCAUCAUCCUGUCAGCAACGGCUGUUCGUCACCUGUGGAUCAGCAGCGCCGCUCCCCAGUUAGCGACCAGCGGUCGUCGUCUCCGCUGAGCUCAGAGAUUCUCCGGGAGAUCACCCGCUACUCUCUGUCUGCGGACGAGGCCCCCGGCGGCGGGGACAACGCCUCGCAGUCGCUGGAUGUGCCGACCGACAGAGACGCUGCCCAGAGUUGCGAGCGCGGCAGGCAGCUGAGCGACGACCUGCUGCGCUCGGCCUUAGAGAUGCGGGGGAGCAAACGCAAACGCGAGGAAAGUCAGGGCAGCACGCAGAUCCAAGACGAGCCCGGCUCUGCUGCAGCCCAGUUCCCAGGAAUGGCCAUGAGCUCCGGCGGGCUCAGUUUUCCCCCCGUGGGUUUGAACUCUUCAUCCUUACUGGGGAACCUCGGCCACAUGAGUCACCAGCUUCUGAUGGCGGGCGGCGGUGGGUCGUCAUUCCUUCAGACGCCAAGGCAAACAAUGGCCGACCUACAGACUAUGUUUCCCACGCCCAGCACGGACCACCUGAGGCAGCCACCCACAGGAAACGGGCACCUUCCUCCUCCCUCCUCAUCCUCUGCUUUUUCUUCCACUGCUACCAGCAUUCCAAUGUCCUCUGCGGCCUCAGCAGCGACUUCCUCCUCUCUCCCUCCUUACCUAAUGAACCCAAACAUGGCCGGGCUUCUCACAUCCCGGUUCCCUCUGACUUACAGCCAGUCGCUGCUCUCGGAGCCGAGGAUGUUCCCCAGCUCGCUCCUGGCAGGAACCGGGGGGUUCUCGGCGUCCAACUCCAGCUCCGCAGCCGGCUUUCUGCCGCCGUUUAACAACCCCACUUCCAGCCUUUUGGGGGCAGCUCUCACUCAGCCCGACAGAUAUCCAGGUGCAGUAAACGGAGGCGAUAGUUCGGAUGAUGAUGUCAUAGAGGUGACAGGACAGUAGAGCCCCAAAUGACCCGCAUCCUGCGUUUUACCAGGAAAAUAUGAGGUUAAGGAAUUAACCUGGUUUGUUACAUUCAGUCGCAGCACCUCACCAAAUGUCCAAAACACCACACAUGAAUAUUUUUUCAUAUUAACAAAGACAAAAAAAACAGAAAUUCAUUCUCAGGAUCUUAGGUUUACUAAUUCUGAAAUCCCAUUAAGGUCACAUGAUGUGGAUUUGAAGCUGCAGUCAGUACCUGAAGCAAACCGCGUUCCCAAAGUUUGCAUACAAAAGUCAAACCGCAGCGGCGUGGACUCUCAUCUGCAACAACAGAACCCCACCUUAGUAACUCUAAAAACCAAAAUCCUGAUGCUGAAAAUCCCAGAGAUGAUGACCAGCUGAGACACCCCCCCCCUGCUUCCUCUCCACUUCCCCCGUCGGCCAAUCCCAUUUCAGAGGGAAAGGAGGGAUUAAAACCGGUUGGAUUUGCUCAGGAUACGGCGUGGAACCUUUAGCGAUUUGUCGCACUAAUCUAGGAACAUAGACCCGGCUGCCAUCGCCUGGUGCGAUUUACCGAGUGGGUUUGGUAGAAAUCUGAACGCUGUCAUGAAUAGCAGCUCUCUGGGUUUUUGCCACAAUCUACAACAUAUAUAUAAAAAAAAAAUCUUCCAGACUGACUUUUAAAGUUUAGGCUUUCAGAGCGUAUUUUAGUAUUUAGCAGUUUGAUAGACAUUGUAGCAUCCCCUGUUGAGAUAUCUGCGAUACUAUAACGAAACGUGUGAAAUACUGUGUAUAUAAUAGUCAUUAUCAUUGUUUAUAUCGCCAGUCAAUAUUGUGCAGUGUGUAGAUUUGGUCGUAGGGAGACUGUCUAAUAUUCCAGUGACUAUAUGAUACUAAACACACCAUGGCUCCAGCACUGAAGACACAUUUCUGUUCAAGCAUCAAAUUUUGGCCCCUCCAGCUCUGAAGAAUGUACUUUGUUAGCCUUUGACAGCAUGGGGGUGUUGGGGUGAGGAGUGGACUUUCCUUUUUUCAGCCUUAACAGAGGGAGGGGGGUCUGCAUCAAACGACGCCUUUCCAAAUAUCUUUUUAAGUCAUAUCUUCAUUUAGUUUUACCUCAAAAGUCCUGCAUUUGUAGAAAGCACACGGACGCCGUUGCUGCUGUUGGUGUCGGUACAACGGCCUGCGACUGUGGCCUGUGACGCCACGACCUGGCUAAACGUGGUGGCUUCACGUCCGUGGUGGCGGUCAGGAUGGACAAGGGUUGUUUUGGAGCGCUUUAGUCUGCUGCCUCUACGAGUUUAGAUGUAGAAAAUCCCUCCUCUGGUGGUAAAAUAGACUAGAUGCCCUAAAAUAGAAUUCCCUGAGAAGUGUUUGUCUUUUUUCUUUUGGAUCAUGACAUCGUUCACCUUUACCUGUUUGCUCGUGGUUCACUCUGGCAUCAUGGCCGCUUGGUUUGAUCCAACUCUGUGGCUUUCUUUGUCAUUUUCAAGUUGAAGUCUUUCCACAUCUGAGGUUUAAGAUCAUCUCCGCAUAUGGUAAAGGGCAAAUAAAAGUUACCCCGAGUCUUUAUUCUGAAGUCGUACCCCCCCACACACACACCCCCACCCCUCCAACUCUCUUCCACUGAUCUAUUUUGUUGAAACAGUUUAUUUUUUAUCUACUUCCUCUCGCUCAUUUGACGGCCAUCCUUUGUUUCAAAGCAUCUGAAUUGUUCUUAUUUAUGAUGUAAAAUAUUGUCUUUUAUAAUUGUGAGCUUUUGUUUGUACUUUGCUUUGAUCCGUUGAUGAUUUCAGUGAGAAUUUCUUGAAUGGAGCCCAAAUGAAAGUAAAAUGACUGUGUUCUCUGUUAUUUUUAACAAUAAAACACUCUUCUAUGGUA